AUGUAUGGGAAUCGUACGCCGGACGUCCGCCAAGUCCGACGACCCAGAAGCCUUUGCAUCGUUCAGCAUCUCUGGAGCGAAGCCGCCGUCACGAACCCCAUGUUUGCUGUGUCCUCGCGUCGCCUUGAGAAGGACUUGCUUCGUGCACUGCGGGCAAACUGCGCGAAUCGUGAGAUGCACCAAUUGUCCACUCAAGUGAGCAACACCAUGAAGCGAAUCAAUCGCCACGCUCAUGCGGAUACGUGGAAACGUGCCAACAUCCGUGCACACACGACGAACACUAGCGCAAAGUUUGCACGCCAGGGAACCAACCCGCCGCCAAUGUCCCUUUCCGCAUGGCUGUCCCAACGCAUUCCCAAAGGGUUUGAGCGCUUUUACCCCAAGGGAGCGAAAGGUGAAGGCAAGCCCAACGCAGGCAACAAGAAGGCAACCGGCAACGGUCCGAAAGAGGAACCCAAGCCUUCUUCGGGUGGCGGCGGCUCGUCCGCGUCCGGCGGGUCGGACCCGAAAGAGCAGCUCAUGUACACGAUCCCCAUCGCCAUCGCGUUGUUGCUCUUUCUGGAACUGACGUCGGGCGACAACGCGCUCAAGGAGAUCACGUGGCAAGAGUUCCGCAACGAUCUCUUGUCCCAAGGCAAGGUGGAACACAUUGUCGUGGUCAACAAAACGUAUGCCCGCGUGUUCCUCCAUCGCCCGUCCACGACGGCGGACUCGCAUGCGCCGUCGUCCACGGCCACGCACACGGACCUGCAUGAAGUGCGCGACCACCAGCAACAUGCUGCCGCCACGGCGCCGCAACCGCCGACGCCGAGCUAUUACUUCAACAUUGGCAGCAUCGACAACUUUGAGCGGCAAAUGGAGCAAACCCAAGCGAGUUUGGGCAUCCCGCCGCAGGCGUACAUUCCCAUUCAGUUUUCGAACGAAAUGAACUGGAAGAUGGAGCUGCUCAAGAUGGCGCCGACGUUGCUCUUGAUUGGGUUCUUGAUGAUGUCUAUGCGCGGCAUCGGCGGCGCGGGCGGCGGCGGCGGCAUGGGCGGUAUCUUCAAGGUGGGCAAGUCGCCUGCGAAGAAGAUCACCAAGGAAGACAUCAAGAUCACGUUCAAGGACGUGGCCGGGGUUGACGAGGCCAAGAAGGAGAUCAUGGAGUUUGUCGAGUUUCUCAAGAACCAAAAAAAGUUCACCGACCUCGGCGCCAAGAUCCCCAAGGGCGCGCUGCUGGUCGGUCCCCCCGGCACGGGCAAGACGAUGCUGGCCAAGGCGACGGCCGGCGAAGCGAGUGUGCCGUUUUACAGCAUUUCCGGGUCGGAUUUCAUCGAAAUGUUUGUGGGCGUGGGGCCGUCCCGCGUCCGCGACUUGUUCAAAGAAGCCAGGUCGGUUGGUUGCUUUGGAUUUCAUGACUCUUAUAUCGUGUGUAGAGCCAACGCGCCUUGCAUUGUCUUUAUCGACGAAAUCGACGCCGUCGCGCGCGCGCGGUCCAGCGGUCGCUUUGGCGGCGGCAACGACGAGCGCGAAAACACGCUCAACCAGCUGCUGGUCGAGAUGGACGGGUUCAGUUCGAGCGAGGGGGUCGUGGUGCUCGCCGGGACCAACCGCGUCGACAUUUUGGACAAGGCGAUCCUGCGUCCAGGUCGAUUUGAUCGCCAAAUCACCGUCGACAAGCCCGACAUCAAGGGUCGCCGCGAGAUUUUCAAAGUGCACUUGAAAAAUCUGCAUUUGGACGGAUCGGUCGACGACUUUGCGCGGCGCAUGGCGGCGCUGACCCCGGGGUUCACGGGUGCGGACAUAGCCAACAUUUGCAACGAAGCUGCGAUCGUGGCCGCCCGGCGCCUGGGCGAUUCGAUCAACUUUAAGGACUUUGAACAGGCCACGGACCGCGUGAUUGGCGGGCUCGAAACCAACCGACUCAUGACACCCGAGGAGAAGAAGACGGUCGCGUACCACGAGGCGGGGCACGCGGUCACGGGCUGGUUCUUGGAGCAUGCGGACCCGCUGCUCAAGGUGACCAUCGUGCCCCGCGGCAAGGGCUCGUUGGGGUACGCGCAGUACCUUCCCAAGGAGGUGUCGCUGCAUAGCCAGGAAGCCAUCGAAGACAUCAUGUGCAUGGCGCUGGGGGGGCGCGCGUCGGAGUAUGUCAACUUUGACGGCCGCAUCACGACCGGCGCGUCAGACGAUUUGCGUCGCGUGACCCAAAUGGCCUACUCGAUGGUGCAACUAUACGGGAUGAACUCGCGCAUCGGGCAGCUGAGCUUUCCCCGCGACGAAAACGCGCCGGGCGAGCCGCGCAUGUACAGCGAGCGGACCGCGGAACUGAUGGACGAAGAGGUCAAGAAGAUCGUGGACCGCGCGUACAAGCGCACGAUCGACCUGCUCGUGUCCAAGCAAGAUCUGCUCGUCAAGCUGAGCGAGGAGCUGAUGGAGAACGAAACGAUCAACCACAGCGACAUUGUUCGCGUGCUGGGCCCGCGUCCAUACGGCGGAAAUAAGACGUACACUGAGUUUGUGGAAGAGUCGUGGCAGAAUGCCGACCGUCAUGAAGAGGAGAAGAAGGCCAAGGCCGCCGCCGCCGCCGAGGACGCUCCCAAACCUGCCAAGGACGAUGCAACCAACAGUGACAAGACAUCAACCGAUGCGACCAAGCACGACAAGAAGGAACACGACUAAGUAGACGCGAUGCAUUGAAUAGAACGACGAGUUAGAAGGUCGAGUUUGGAUUGCUUUUGACAUUUAGAUAUAGGAGAUUCGGACCCCGUUCAAUCGAAUGUCAAUCUCUCCCAUUGGUCAAUAAGACAAUACUUGUUGCUGAUUGGCUACAAUCCAUAAAGGGCGAAAAGGAUAUUAGCCAAUCAGAUGUUCG